AUGAAUGUGCUAUCAAAUACAACUCGUGAAAAAUGUUCCAUUGAACCUCCUAUUGUUUUUCUACAAGAUGGAAAGCACAUUAUUUUGGCCUUGAAUAUCCUUGCGAAUAUGAUUCUUAUGCCAACUUCAAUUCUAGGAAAUUUGUCGAUUCUCCUCAGCUUCGUGCUUGUACCCUCUCUUCCUUCGGCAUCAAACAAUCUUCUUCUGGGAUUGGUUUUGACAGACCUCGGUGUGGGACUUGUAGUUCAUCCAUUGUACAUUUUUGUACUACUGAACAUCUACAACAACUCUCUUCCACACUGCAAGGUCAUGGCUGCGUAUAGCGUAACCACGGCGUAUUUGGGUGGCGUUUCGCUUCUGUAUGUCACAAUGAUCGGAAUUGACAAAUAUCUGGCGAUCAAGCUGCAUCUGCGAUAUCGAGAAAUCAUCACAGACAAGCGAUUGACCUUCGCGCAGAUAGGUGUCUGGGUGCUAAACGGGCUCCUUAGUUUGGUUUGGCUAAGAGGCUUCCGUGUUUACUCGACAUUUGCAGCUGUUGUUGUGUUGCUCUCUAUCAUAGUUGCAUUCGCUGUUUAUGUUAAAAUUUACCAAGUUGUUAAAAUUCACCGGCGUGAGAUACAUAUUCAGAUGGAAUCUAUGGAGUCCAGUAUGGCACAAUUUGAAAAUUGUCGCUUAAAACGAUUAAGGAAGUCGGCUAUUAGCACAUUGUACGUCUUCUUUGUAUUUCUGCUUUGUUAUCUUCCCUUUUCUACGUCAACUGCAGUAAACGUUUUGUCCGAUUCGCCCACGAAAGCUGGAAUCUUGACGUUCGAGUUGUGUGCAACGUUAAUGAUGUCCAACUCGUGUUUGAAUCCUUUGAUGUACUGUUUACGCUUCAGAGAAUUUAGAAUUGCUGUGAAGAAAACUUACCGUCUCAUUCUCUGCGGAAUGAAGAAAUAA